GUAAUCAUUUUGCGCGUCGCUUUCUGAUUACGUCAUUGUCUUGUGGAAGCGGUAGUGUUGACUCUGUGCAUGCGGUGUUGUUUGAGCUACAGUAUAAAGGUUUAGCUUUGCCGGACACUAGGGCAGUUUUCACGUUUAUUCCACGCCAUGUCAUCUCUUCUGAAGGUCGAUCGCGAGAUGAAAACCAAGGUGGAAGCAUUCAAGGAGCAGAUCAGCAGUGAGGCUGAGCACCUGGUCGCCAGCUUUUUCCCUCGAAAGCUUCUGGAGUUGGAUAACUUUCUAAAGGAGCCGAUUCUCAACGUGAUUGACCUGAAAGAAAUCCAUUCAGAGAUCAAGUUCAAAGUCCCAGACCCAAUUCUCUUCAAUAACAGCCAUGAUGGUGUGGACAUGAAUACCAAAAAGAGGAAACUAGAAGAUGGACUCACUGUUGAGAGCUGGCAAGGGGGAACCAAAACCUUGUUGAUGCCAGAGGGUAUGCUGAAAAGUAACACCAAGCUGGUAGACCUGAUUGAGCGAGUCAAACCAGAGAUCAGGACUCUGGUUGAGAAGUGUAACACAGUUAAGAUGUGGGUCCAGCUGCUCAUCCCCAGAAUUGAAGAUGGAAACAACUUUGGCGUCUCCAUUCAGGAAGAGACUGUGGCAGAGCUGAGGACGGUGGAGUCAGAGGCCGCAUCUUUCCUGGACCAGAUCUCCAGAUACUACAUGACAAGAGCCAAGCUUGUCUCCAAAAUUGUCAAGUACCCUCACGUGGAGGACUACAGGAGGACCAUAUCAGAGAUUGAUGAGAAAGAGUACAUCAGUUUGAAAAUCAUUGUUUCAGAACUCAGGAAUCAAUACGUGAUUCUUCACGAUAUGAUCCUGAAGAACAUUGAGAAGAUCAAGAAACCAAGAAACUGCAACUCUGAAGCUCUUUACUGACAGCCCCCCACCUAAAAACACACACACACAAACACAAAAUAUGAGCUCAGUCAGGCACUACUGACCAAUAAUUCUAGCUCGUGUUUUGGGAGUACUUGACGGUUUUUGGCUUUGACAACCUCAGGACAAUUAUGGCAUAUCAAUUAAGAUGCUGCCCGUGGACUGAUAGUGUGCUGAUAUUCAGUCUUAAAAAGUGCUGCUUUCUAUUCUAUAUUUACAAACCCCAGCUGUUUGGGUCCAUAGUGAGCUAAAGGAAGCUUUAAAAUGCAUUUAAAAACAAUUUGACCCAAUAUCAUACACAUACAUUACAUCUGUUGUGGGAUCCUCCUCCAUCUUUGAUUUAGGCCCUAUUCUGCUGUCCCCGCAAUGCUUUCUAGCACGUAACGUUCAGUUUUGGCCAUCCACUAACCUGGAAUGUAACAUUGGAUCCUUUUUUCCCCAAAAAAUAUUUCAACUGCACGCUGCUAAUACAAAGAUCGGCCACGUGGUCUGCCUCCCAUCUGUUCCACUGGGACUAAAGCUCAGAGGUUACCGCUGGUUUCUCUGCCUGUCUGGGUUAUCUACUCUUAUUUAUGCUUUCUCUUCCAGGACUAGAGUCAUCUGGUUUUUAUUAGUUUUCUCUUUUGGCUCCAUGUUGCCUGACCCACCUAGAGAAGGUUUUCCUUUUAGUUCUUGCCCUCUCUCUCUGGAACAUUCUGGACACACCACUGUCCUGUGAAAACUGUCAUUUAAAACUCCACACAGUCCUCUUCCGGUUGACUUGAAACUGUCAAGGGACAAUGCAGACUCUUUUUUUUUUUUUUUCUCAGUGCUUUAGGAAACAGCUGCAUUUCUUUAGCUUGAGUGUUGCAAUUAUCCUGAGAUCCAGAGAUUUGACUACACAUAACUCCGUUUCUCAUGAUCGCUCUUCACAUGAAGAAUAUUCUUUAUUUCUCCUUCUGCCUACAGACUGCUUUUUCUGUCUUAAGUUGUUCUUGUUGUAUCUUUGUGUCAUAGUGACACUAGAAGAUGUUAUUGCAUCCCAAGAAAAAAAAGGGUUGCCUGCCUUCCGCAGGCAUAGUGCAGAACAUGUGGUGACAUCUAUUAACUCUGUAGCACACUGCUGUCAGUAAGGACCUGUCACAAAGAGUUGGAUUCAAAAGUAUCGGGUGUUCUUCUGCAUAACAUAAUGCACAUUUAAUAAUGUGCCUCGAUGUAUCUCAAUCAAGCGAUCAAGCAGGCUUGAACUGGAACUCGAAAUGAUUUGUCAACUGUCAAACGCAACUAAAGUGUCUGUGGUUUCAUACAGCUGUUAUUGUUUUUAACGGUCCUGCACAGACAUUGCUCACCCACACAGGUGUUUGCGCUUAAAGACAUGUAAUUUGAAAUCUCAAUUUUCAGAUGUAUUGUGCUGUUAUAAUGUUGUUUUGUAUUUUGUUCACCUCACGAUAUGAAAUUGAAGUCGGGUGCUUUAAAAACAUUUUUUGCAACUUGAUAGCUUUUUUUUUUUAGGUUUUUUAAGCUAACAAAGUGAUAAAGGAACAGACCUCUCUGUGUGCAUGCAUGCAGGUAAGGGCUGUUACUUUGUACAAAAAUCUAGUUUGUACCAAUUCUAACUAAAUUAUAAUACCUUUUGAAAAGAUUGGAAGUCAACCCGUAUAACCUGUUUAAAAUUAAAAAUAUGGCUGCAGUCACACAAUAUUCUGUUUACAUGACCUGUAUCAAAUGGGGAAUAUUCUCAUAUGGAAAUAGCAGUGUAGGGCAGCUAUUUUAUUUCACCACCCAUGUCAUCCAAUCUCUUCACACCGGGCAUGUAGCGUCCGCCUCAUCCCAGCGAUAGUUUUGGCGUCUUCUCUUAUUUCUUGUGCAAGACACGAGCGUAUGUGUCAAGCCAGGCGGCUAAUCACAAGGAAGACCUCAGUGCAGCUGGAUACUUUAUUAAACUAUACACGUUCAAACUGAAACAUGGUUCAUGGUGAUUUUUUUGAGUCGGGCACACACAACCACAUAUACUGUAGGCUAAAAUUACCACAGUUUUCCCACUCAUCCUGUCUCUAUCAGAGAGAGGAUUGCUUUGUGAACAGCUCGUAUCAUCGGGUGUGAAUGGCGAGGCACACAAUCAGACUCCGCAUCCUGGUGUGUUUCAGCUGUUGGUGUGCAUGGAAAUGUACUUACUGUCUAGGGAAAACAAAGAAAACUAGAACUUUGUAAAUCCACUUGAUUUGUGUAACUUAGGCUGCUAAAGCCUUUUUUAUAUUUCAUGUCGGAUGUUGUGAUUUCCCUUAGAUUGGAAUCACAUCAGGAAGGGAUCUCAAAGCCAGUAUGGACAGGAGGAACAAGACAUGGGCAUGUGAUUACUGUGUAAAAAAUUGGAACAUAUAUCCUUACAUUUUCUGUUGCGUUCAAACUGUAUUUUGAAUUUCAAAUUAAAAACAAUGACAGCCAUAA